GCGUAUAAAGCCGGGUUAUUUCUGCACGAGCAGAUGUAGCUAAUCUUCGAAGCAGUGGGGUGGAACGAGUGCGUCGUCCUCCAGCUGGACAACAUCAGGAUGUCUGCGGAAAAAGUUGAGAAAAAGAAGACGAUAGACUUGAGGAAGAAGCACAUUGGGCCAUCUUGUAAGAUUUUCUUCAGCCAUGACCCCAUCAAGAUUGUGCAAGCCAAAGGCCAGUACAUGUAUGAUGAAAAAGGACAGCGCUACUUGGAUUGCAUCAACAAUGUGGCUCAUGUGGGCCACUGUCACCCAGAUGUGGUGAAGGCAGGAGCUCAGCAGAUGGAACUGCUCAACACCAACUCGCGCUUCUUGCAUGACAACCUUGUACUGUAUGCCCAGAGGCUGCAGGCCACACUGCCCGACAAGCUGUCUGUGUGCUACUUUGUCAACUCUGGCUCUGAAGCCAACGACCUGGCGCUUCGUCUUGCAUGGCAGUACACAGGUCACAAAGACAUCAUCACGUUGGAAAAUGCGUACCACGGCCAUGUCUCAUCACUCAUUGACAUCAGUCCGUAUAAGUUCCACCACCUGUCAGAUGUUGAGCAGAAUCAAUUUGUCCAUGUGGCUCCGAGCCCAGAUGUGUACAGAGGCAAAUACAGAGCGGACCACCCUGACCCUGCCUCAGCAUAUGCAGAUGAAGUCAAAGAUAUAAUACACAGAGUCCAUGAAAAAGGAGGCAAGAUUGCUGCUUUUACUGCUGAGUCAUUGCAGAGUUGUGGCGGGCAGGUCAUUCCCCCCAAGGGCUACUUCCAGCAAGUGGCAGAACAUGUCCGCAAGGCAGGGGGCAUUUUCAUCGCUGAUGAAGUCCAAGUGGGCUUUGGGCGUGUUGGCACCCACUUCUGGGCUUUCCAGCUUCAGGGACAGGACUUUGUGCCUGACAUUGUCACCAUGGGAAAGCCUAUUGGCAACGGCCACCCUAUGUCAUGUGUGGUCACAACCAAAGAGGUGGCAGAGGCCUUCGCGUCAUCUGGAAUGGAGUAUUUCAAUACAUUUGGUGGUAACCCAGUGUCGUGUGCUAUCGGUCUGGCUGUCCUAGACGUGAUUGUGAAAGAAGAUCUCCAGGGUAAUGCACUGCGUGUGGGCCAAUACCUGACCAAUCUGCUGGAAAAGCAGAAAGAGAAGCAUCCACUGGUUGGUGAUAUCAGAGGUUGUGGCCUCUUUGUUGGGGUGGAGCUUGUGAAGGACAGGUUGAAGCUCACUCCUGCUACAGCAGAAGCCCAAGAAGUCAUAUAUAAGCUUAAGGAACAGCACAUCCUUCUUAGUGCUGAUGGACCACAUCGCAAUGUGCUCAAAUUUAAGCCCCCCAUGUGCUUCUCUACGGACGACGCUGACCUGGUGGUGGAGAAUAUCGACCACAUUCUCACAGAGCUUGAGGAAGCAUUAGGCUUGAAGUUGCACAAUGCAUUGACUGUUGAGAAUGAAAGCACUAAAAGACAGCUGCCAACUGAUGAAAAUGGACACCACUAUCACAGUGGGUUAGUACACAGCAAAGAAGGGAGUCAAGGAGUUCCUCGACAAACCAAACGCCUGAAGACAUAACGCUGCUUUUGAACAGUCGGAGCUGUGAAGGGACGACACUUUAUCUUUUACAUAGUUAAAGAACUGGUAAGCGAGACUAUGAACUUGGGAGGUGACAAAACGCUGGGAAAGUAAAGUGCCUUAGCAUGUCGCCUAAUGAAAAAUGUUUUGACAUUAAUAAUAAUGUAUUUGUAUCUGUGAGAUUGCAGUGUCUUCUCAGGUAUAAUUUUUUAGUAGCAUAUUGGCUCUUUAUUAGUCAUUAUAAAGCACUUUUUUACAUGAAUGCCUUAUUCUGCAUGACCAUAUUGCACAACUACUGUGUGCUAUAAUGGAUUUACUAAAUGUGAAGAGGAGGCAACUUUGGAAUAGGAAACCUGUGUGUGUUAAUAAGUGUCAAACUACUAGUGAAUUAGUUAUGAGCAAGACUCAUAACUAAUUAGAAUGGGGAACAUAUUCUGAGUUAGAAAGAGUUAUUUGGACACUAUUAACACUUAUAGUUUUCUUUUGAUACAUAAGAAUAUACCAUAUUUAUUCAGUGUUAUUAAGGGAGAAUUACUAUUCUUGUGGUACUACCACUUUAUAACGCCCAUAGUGAGCAAAGCAUAUUAAGAUAGUAAUUUAUGUACAACAACUUCCUUACUGGCUAUCAAUAGGAAGUAAUUAGGAGGUUAUUGGGGGAAAUCUCUCAUUAAUGGCCUAGUAGUUUGUAGAAUAUGGUCAUGCAGAACGAGGCAUUAAUAAGUGCUUUAUACUGACUAAUAAAGAGCCAAUAUGCUACUAAUAUGCAUGUUAAUAUGCAACUAGUUAAUGGUGAAUAUGUGUAUCUUAAUAUAAAGUGUUACCAAUAUUUUUUAUUACACUUCAAGCCACUUGUUCAGCAUAACAGCAUGUCUGUUAUGGUUUUACUUUGGUGCAAAAAAAAAUCUCUUAAUUAUGCGAGUUACCAUGCUACACAACCUGUAUGUUUUUUAUUUAAAUUAAUGCCAACCUUCACUUUACCAUGAUUUUCAGGGAAUUGUAAUUUUAAUAAAUCAAAACAUAUGUCAAAACA